UGUCAGUGUGGCUGGUGCCAGUGUUGGGAGAGGUGAUAACUAUUCGACUCUCUGUCGUUCGUCACUAAACCUACCUUCCGUGUCCUGUUGGGGCUUUUAAAUCACUACGUCCAAGUCAACAGCUUGGGAAUUUGUGUCUUAACACAAUAAAAAUAUACGAAGCCAGGAUUUUACCUUAAUUUCAACGUAAUAUUGUACGAAAUUAGUAUAAAUCUUUCAGCGCAUGGAGUGACAGUUGCAUCUAGGCGUAAGAAACAACAUUCGUGAGGUACUUAAAGUCUUAGUGGCAAGGCGGAAGUCUUUUUCGAGUAUUAAUAUAAAAUAAAUUAACAAUCCACCCAGGAGUCUUUCGUGAAGGAUAUAAGCCAACAUCAGUGUAUGUGUGUCAUCACAUUCUUUGAAUAUUGAGUGUAGCAGUUAAGACGAGGCUCAGUACUUAGUAUAGUUUGUGCAUUGUAACUCAGAUGGUUUCAGCUCGAUGUGUGGCAGAUGGUGACCCACACUAUUGAUUACGUUGCCCGUCUAGCCUUCUUGGCACGCUAGGAGCCUGAUAACCUAGGAGAAUAUAAACUGGAGCAGUAACAAUGUUGGAUAACCUUGCUGUGUACGUCUUGUCACCAGCAUAACCUACCCUUGUGUAGUACUAGGGACGUUAACUACCAGUCGGGGUAUUAAGUCGCUAGUGUCACUGAGGAUACAAGUAGUAGUUGGUGUGUAGACACAAGCAUUCACAAUGUCUGAUGCGGAGACCUGCCAAACGCAGGGAGAGAACCCUAAACCUCAGCUCACUCAAGAUGCUUCCCAAGACUCUACUGAUGGUGAGCACAUCAUGUUGCUUGAACCCAGACCCUUCAGGCCCUUCAAAACUUCUGAAGAGUACCUGUAUGCCAUGAAGGAGGAUCUGGCAGAGUGGCUUAACCACCUAUACAGCCUAGACAUCACUGUAGACAACUUUUUCGAACGUCUCGACACUGGUGAAGUUCUGUGUGCGCACGCAAACAACGUGCGACGACUGGCUGAGGAGAAGCGUCACCAGCAGCACGACCAGCAGCAGCAGGUCGGUGGGGGUCGUAGGUUUUCCAGUAAGUGGGAGAUCCCUCAGUACGACGUAGUCUACAGGCAGGACGUCACUCCUGGCUCCUUCUUCGCCCGAGACAACGUGCACAACUUCAUCUCGUGGUGCCGAGACCUGGGCAUCUACGAGGUGCUGCUUUUUGAGACGGAUGACCUGGUGCUCAGGAAGAACGAAAAACAUGUCAUUCUGUCCCUGCUGGAAGUGGCUCGCCGUGGUGCACGGUUCGGAAUGGCAGCUCCUCUGUUGGUACAGAUGGAGGCUGACAUUGACCGGGAGCUAGAGCAGGAACGUCUGGCUGAAGAGCGUGCUGAGAACGGUGGUCAGUUGAACGGUGAAGACGAGUCUUGGAAUCACGACAGCCACGACCUGUCGCCGCCUGAGCCUCCCAAGAUGUUCUAUGGUCCACAGCCUCAGAUCAUCACCAACGACCUCAAGAGUCUCGACGAAAUGGUGAGUACCUGUGUAGUGUUGUGGUGCUUCUUGUGGCCUCGGCUGGCUGGUGCUUCUUGUGGCCACUGCUGGCUAUAUCGCUGUGGCCACUGCUGGGUGUGUCACUGUGGCCACUGCUGGCUGUGUCACUGUGGCCACUGCUGGCUGUGUCACUGUGGCCACUGCUGGUGUGUCACUGUGGCCACUGCUGGCUGUGUCACUGGCCAUAGCUGGUGCUUGCCAUUCACUACGUUUGAUGUAUGUCUUUCUACUCUUACCCCGCUAAAUGGCAGAAAUGUUUUUAUUUUGGCUUCAGUCACGCGAGUUGUGCAGUAUUCCCUCUUACCCGACUGCCAUGUUACCGCAGGGUGCUAUAUCUUACCCUGGGACUUGAAAUUACUGCGGUUCGAGAAUAUCAUCCUCACCUCUGUAUAUGUUUUGAGAAGACAGAAUGCUGAAGUGACAGUUAUCUAGAUUCCAGUUCGUCUCUAGCACUUGGCGAUCUACACGUGGUGGUUUAUCUUUCAGUUAGUAAAAUUCGGGGAAUAUAAUGCUAAAAGUAGAAUGCUUGACGUUCAACAAAACAUCAGCCACUGGCGUUUUA